AGUGCUGGCGAGGGGAGGGAUUAGAGGCUCCUGUGUAGCGAAGGACCUGAAACGAAGGUGGACGCGGGUGGAGACAGGUGUCCCCCGGGUUUUGUCAGCACCCUCUUUGGCUGCCUUUCAGAUCUAGGAAUGCACUAGAAUGAAUGUCAACCAGCAAGCUCACAUGGCCUCACCAUAUGGACAGUCCCAUCCUGGCUACCAGGGCUACCCUCAAGGAGGCUAUGGGGGACAGCACAUGACAGCUAGUUACUCUGGACAGUAUGCACCCUACAAUGGCCCAGCUUCAGGAUAUCAGCAGGGAGGCCUACCUUCAGGAUAUUCUCCCAAUACAAGUUUUUAUUCUAAGGCUCUGACUGAAAAUGUAAUUUCUGACCUGUCCUCUCCCUCUCCACUUCACUUGGGUUCAGUACGACCACCCCUCACAUCAGGGGCUCCAGUCUUGGCUUCUCAAGAUUACAACCAGUAUGCCCAGGGAGGGGUUCAGAAUGGUCCUCCUACCAUGAGCAGUCAAGCACCAAGGCCCCCUGUCUCCCAGUCCUACGUGCCUGCUCAUGUGCAUCCUGCUGGCCCCCAGCCAGCCUACCGACAGCAGCAGAGUGGUGCUCCGCCCGCAAGCGUUCAGCAGAUGACCAAUCAGAUGGCCGGAAUGCAAAUGGUUUCUAGUGCGUCGUCCCUGGCUGCUCCGGUUCCACCAACAUCCUCACAGCCUCCCCUCAUACCUGCCCCCCCUUCAUUCUCUCAGCCUCCCACUAAUGUUACCAUAUCACAGGCUUCCCCUCAAGGUUUCUAUGCAGCUGCCCUUCCCUCACAGCAGUCCUUUACCAUGUCCACCCCACCAUCCCAGCCCCCUGUUUGUGGAACAGCACCUCUUCCUUCACAGCCACUGUUCUCCAGUGGGCCACCUCUUCCAGCUCAGUCCUCAUUUAGUGGGCCACCCCCUCUUUCACACUCCUCUUUUCCCGUUGGACCCCCACCUAGUUCCCAGGGCCAGAUAACCCCCACACCCCCACCUGCAAUCCAGCCUGUUUUUCAGGGGGGUCCUUCACCUUCUUCCCAGUCUCAGUUCCCUGGUCCCCCAUCUCAGCAGCCCACUGUUUCACCACCUUCCUCUCAGCCUCAGUUCCCUGGCCCCCCAACUCAACAGCUCCCUGUUCCUCCACCUACCUCCCAACCCCAGUUCCCUGGUCCCCUACCUCAGCAGCCCCCUGCUUUCCAUCCUGCCCCUGCUCCCACCUCUGGCUUCCCUCCAGUAGGUAGUGCUUCCCCUAGACCUCCAAGCAUGCAGGGACCACCCCUGUCUCACCAGUCCUUGUCAGGGCCUCCCAUGUCCCAGGCCAGCCAAGGACCUUUGUCAGGGCUGCCAGCCACAUCUGGGAUGCCUCCUGGCCCACCUCCCAUAGCCAUGCAAGGCCCUCCAAUGCAGCCGGGAAUUCAGGGAUACCAGUCACAGCAAAAUGGUGCUUUUGGGCAGGGCGGAGCACUGCAACCUGGUUAUUCCAGUCCCUAUCCCGUGCAGCAGAAUUUUGGAGCUCCACCCAUUCCUCCUGGCCCAGCCCCAGGCCCAGCCCCAGCCCCCUCUCUACCAGGCCCAAAGAGGCUGGAUCCUGACUCUAUCCCCAGUCCGCAAGCCUCUGAGCUUCCUCCUGCGCAGAGAACAAGACAUAGAAUAGAUCCAGAUGCUAUCCCCAGCCCAAUUCAGGUGAUUGAGGAUGAUAAAGCCAACAAGAGCGGUGAGCCGUUCAGUACAGGGGUCAGAGGUCAGGUUCCCCCCCUCGUAACAACCAAUUUCCUGGUCAGAGAUCAAGGCAAUGCCAGCCCCCGGUACAUCCGCUGCACAGCCUACAACAUACCCUGCACAUCAGACAUGGCCAAGCAGUCGCAGGUGCCUCUGGCAGCUGUCAUUAAGCCUUUGGCAACAUUGCCCCCAGAUGAGGCCCUAUCCUACCCUGUGGACCAUGGUGAGCGAGGUCCAAUCCGCUGCAACCGCUGCAAAGCAUACAUGUGCCCAUACAUGCAGUUCAUCGAGGGUGGCCGACGCUUCCAGUGUGGCUUCUGCAGCUGCGUGACAGAAGUACCUCCAUACUACUUCCAGCACUUGGACCACACUGGGAAACGGGUUGACUGUGAUCGGCCAGAACUUUCUUUGGGCAGCUAUGAGUUUCUGGCCACUGUGGAAUACUGCAAGAACAACAAGCUGCCCCAGCCGCCAGCCUACAUCUUCCUUAUUGAUGUAUCAUACAGCGCCAUGAAGAGUGGUCUAGUCAGCAUCGUCUGUGAGGAGCUGAAGACCUUACUUGACUACCUGCCGAGAGAGACCAACGAAGGAGAGUCAAGCAUCAGGGUUGGCUUUGUCACCUACAACAAGGUGCUGCACUUCUACAAUGUGAAGAGCUCCCUGGCCCAGCCCCAGAUGAUGGUGGUCUCAGAUGUGGCUGACAUGUUUGUCCCUCUACUUGAUGGCUUCCUGGUGAAUGUGGGCGAGUCCCGCGCUGUCAUAAAUAGUUUACUGGAUCAGAUACCUGAGAUGUUUGCCGACACGAGGGAAACGGAGACGGUGUUUGGACCUGUUAUCCAGGCUGGACUAGAGGCCCUCAAGGCCGCUGACUGCGCUGGGAAGCUCUUCGUCUUCCACUCAUCGCUGCCAAUUGCAGAGGCCCCUGGGAAGCUGAAGAACCGUGAGGAUAAGAAGCUCAUUGGCACCGACAAAGAGAAGUCCCUGUUUCAGCCCCAGGUCACUUUCUAUGGUAACUUGGCAAAGGAGUGUGUGGCUCAGGGUUGCUGUAUGGACCUUUUCCUCUUCCCCAAUCAGUAUGUGGACGUGGCUACGUUGGGCAUUGUACCCUCCUUCACUGGAGGCUCUCUCUACAAAUACACCUACUUCCAGGCUACCACAGACAGGGAAUGUUUUCUCCACGACCUGCGCAGGGCUGUUCAGAAGCACAUGGGCUUUGAUGCUGUGAUGAGAGUGCGGACCAGCACUGGUAUCCGAGCCAUGGACUUCUACGGCUCCUUCUACAUGAGCAACACCACUGACGUGGAGCUAGCUGGACUGGACUGUGACAAGACUAUCACAGUUGAGUUCCGACAUGACGACAAACUCAGCGAAGAGACUGGUGCCCUCAUACAGUGUGCCGUGCUCUACACUAGCUGUAGUGGACAGCGGCGGCUCCGGGUCCACAACCUGGCUGUGAACUGUUGCACGCAGCUAGCAGACCUGUAUCGCAACUGCGAGACAGACACCCUAAUCAACUUCUUCGCCAAACACGCUUAUCACAGUGUUCUCAGCAAUCCCACCAAGAACGUGAGAGACGGCCUCACCAACCAAUGUGCCCAGAUCCUUGCCUGCUACCGCAAGAACUGCGCUAGCCCCUCAUCAGCUGGACAGUUGAUCCUGCCAGAGUGUAUGAAGCUUCUGCCGGUCUACCUGAACUGUGUGCUGAAGAGCGAUGUGCUGCAUCCUGGGGCUGACGUGUCCCUGGAUGAACGGGCCUACCUGCGUCAGCUGGUCUCCUGCAUGGAUGUGGCUGAGAGCCAUGUGUUCUUUUAUCCACGCCUAUUGCCACUGCAAAAGCUGGAUUUGGAGAGCGAAGCCCUUCCAGUGGCUGUGAGGGACUCGGAGGAAAGGCUGUCGAAGGGAGGGGUCUAUUUGCUGGAGAAUGGCCUGCAGCUCUUCCUCUGGGUGGGAGCCAACACUCAGCAGGAGCUACUGCAGAACAUCUUUGGCAUCUCUUCCUUCGGGCAGAUUGACCCCAACAUGACAACUCUACCAGUGUUGAACAAUCCUUACUCAAAGAAGCUGCGCGACAUGAUCAAGUCCAUUCGCGAUCAGCGGUCCCGCUAUAUGAAGCUGCUGGUGGUCAAACAGGAAGACAAGCUGGAGCUCAUUUUCAGGCACUUUCUGGUAGAAGACAAAAACAACAGUGGUGGUGCAUCCUAUGUGGACUUUCUGUGUCACAUGCACAAGGAGAUCCGCCAGCUGCUCAGCUAGGAGGAGGGGCUAGUUUGGCCUUGCCCCACCCAUUUCCUAACCCUUUAAAUGAGACUUUCAUGUUUUUAUUUUACUUUAUCACAAAUAGGUCUCCAUCUUGUUACCCACCUCUUUGUCAGUGAAAAGUGGGAUGGAAGAGUUUGCGCUGUCGGGUUUUAAUGGCUCUUUUGGGUUGAGCCUUGAUCUGGUAACUAAAAUUGCUGUCGUUUUGAUGUUAUGUGGUGAGCAAGCGUGUUGUGCACGUGACAGCAUGGCGGCAACUGUAAGUGCUGCUGCUGGUGGUUCUAACCUGUUCUACAGAUGAACAAAUAACCAGCCCCUAACCCUGAAUGAUCUGCUGGUGAGAAAUGCUGGCAGCUGAGGAUAACGAAAUCCAUCAUUUCCCAAAACACGAAAUCGUCUCGUAAUUUUUCCUCACGUAUAUUUUUCUUCUCUGCUCUAGUGAUUUGUCAUUCUGAGCCAUGACCUUUCUUGCUGCAUUAUGGCGUUUUCAGACCCAUUAAUUUUCAACAUUGUCCCCGGUUUUGUGUUGCAAGUUUUGUUACGCGAGACAGGAGGCGCUGUUAGCGUAAGCCACAGCGUGGGCUCAUUGGAGCAGCAGCACACUACCCUUUAGUCCUUAUCAAUCUUUCCUAAACAUAACAAAUCAUCAAGGCUAGAGCCUUCGGAGAUGUGGGCACGGUGGCGGAAGGAACUCUGCCUGCUACCUCUGUGCUGCUGUCCCUUGGGCACAGAAGCUCUGCGUGUCGUGUAAUACACCUCAUUGCUGGGCUGCUUUCGGGGCCGCAGUGGCUCAGAGUCCCGUUAUUGUUGGAGGCAGUCCCACCGGUAGAUGGAUGGGGUUUGGGAUGGGGGGGGGGGUCCCUGCUUGUCAGAAAAUUGUGUUGUGCUGGAGCACGGCUGGAGUUCAUGUGUUGCUUUUAUCGCGGAUUAUCCGCAAGCCUGAUUACACUUCGUUAUUAUCAAAGUCCUGAUGGCUGAGUGUAACUUGAUGGUGAGUGAUUGGUACCUGUAUUGACUAUAUAAGUCUGCUUAUUCCCUCAAUUUUUUGCUUUUCUUCUUGAAAAGGCCUCUGUUUACUGGUCACAUCUGACAUGUGUGGUGCACUGUUGUGCUUUUUUUUUUUUUUAAUCUCCCCAUGUAAAUAAUUUGAAUGAUUAUAAACUGUUUUUCCUGUGUACAUAACAUGUAAAUGACUGGAUAAUGGAUGACUUUCCGUCAAACACUGGACGCAAAUCUCCAAACAAACCCUGUCCAUUACCGCUCGGUAGGAAUUGCAACUGUUUGUCUGUUCACCUACUGAGGUCUGCUGGGAAGCGUUUGCUUGGUAGCACUUAACUUUUAUUCCCCACAAGCUCCUUUAGUGGGACGUUUGUGGGUAAUAAAGCGGGCGAGGUGAGUCGACACACAUUGUGGUGAAUGUGUAGUUAAUACCCAAGAGCUCUUUAACCAUUUUAAACAAUGGCAGAAAAUGCGAGUUCAUUUGUUUUAUUUUUUCUUGAAAAAUUUC